AUGAUUGAUUCUCCUAUAACUACUGCAUCUACCACUUCCACCUGUUCUACUUCUACUCAAUUCAAUACUAAUCAUAACGUUUUAAUUUCCAAAAAAUUAUUUAAUAUUCAUCCAAAACAAUAUUCUUCAGCAGUCUCUUCGAAUUCUACUACAACUAGUAGAAUCAAUAAGAAUUCUUUACAGAAAUCGAUCUUUAAAAAAUCAAACCCUAAUUCAAAUUCUAUUUCUGUAGCAAACUAUAAUUCUUCAAUUAAAAAUAGUUUGAAAUUAAUUGUUGAUAAAAAAAUCGAAUUAUCAAACAAAUUUGCAUCGCCUACAGAUCAAUUGUUAUCUCCUUGCUCACAAAAAUUGAAUGACCAUAGAUCUAGAAUCUUGGGUAAAAAGACUUGUCCAACUAGAUUGAAUUUCGCCAUCAGCAAUAGCAAGAUUGACAAUUCAAACAGUAUCAACAACUUGCUUCAUUCAAACGAUGACUCUGAUGAUUCUGAUGAAGGUUACUAA